AUGGCGAAAAGAAAGGGAGGAAAGCCGCCAAUGGGGCGAUUCCCCAAUAAGAACAAAAACAAAAAGAAGAACAGAAAUGGAGGCGCUGGUCCCUCACAAAGCAAUCGAAGACCUGAAGGGAAGAUGCCCGGUGGCGUAAUGCCAGAGCUCUACGAUCUCGAACAUGGCCCAUUACCUGACAUUGGAGAUGAUUCUGUGCCGAACAUGAGAAGCAUGUCUGCCAGACCUGGCAGAAACGUGGGAAGGAGGUCAUACGGCGGGGCUGGUGGCCAUGGUGGUAGGCCACACCACUCGCUAAUGGAAGAGGUUGGAUAUACCGCUAAGAACAUGGAGAGAACUGUACGUGAGCCCUUAAGAAACAAGCCGAUUGAAUUCGUCAAGGCCAAGGAAGUUUAUGACCCAAACAAGAAAUUAAGAGAACAAGAGCCGAAGAAAACGAGCUCUGAAGCUGGUAUUCCAAAGGAGCACCAAGACUUAUUGGAUUGCUUAGAGCUGACCUGCUUGGAGGAGGAGCGUCCAACUAGGCCGAGAAUUGAAAUCAGCAGCGAUGAAGAGGAGGGAGGGAAGGAUGACGAGGAAGAAGAAGAAGAGGGAGAAGAUGAGGAAGAAGAGGAAGAGGAAGAGGAAGAAGAGGAAGAGGAAGAAGAAGAAGAAGAGGAAGAAGAAGAGGAAGAUGGAGAGGAGGAACUUCGAGUGGAAGAAGCUAGGGCUGAGGUGGUAGCUGCUAUAGUAAAUGAGGAGGAAAAUUCUAAAGUGCAGGACAUCGAAGUGUCCGUAGACGAUGCAGAGGAGGUAUGGCAGACCGAGGAAGAGAGUGACGAUGAAGAUGAGAACGAAAUAUUAUCACUGCCAAGCCCCGAAGUUGUGGAUGCUAUGGAUGCUGAUGUAAUUGAGUUUUCCAAGGAACAGUCAAUCGGAGAGGAUGAAGAAUCAGACCUUCAUUCCAACGAAUUUGUCAUCGACAAUGAAGGCGACUCUUCCCUUUCCUCUAAUGCGAAGCCCUUCACUUCUCUUAUAGUCGACACCUCAACAUCCAGGUCACAAGCAAUUCCAUCCUCAACCCCUGGUGUUGAAUUCAACCCAGUCUUAACUAUUGGUAAGGUCAGCUUACAGACCUCCAAGUCCAAAUCUGGAACGACUGCGCAUUUGAUGUCUGUUCCGAGAAAGGCAAGUGGAUUUGUAGAUGAGCACGAAGAUUCAGACUACUUCAUGGAAUCGGAAUCAGACAACGAUCGAGCUGCAUAUAAAGAUUACAUCUCUCAAGUAAUGAAUGCAAUGCUGGACGACACUGACUACGAGAGUGAAACCAACUUUGAUGUGAUGGCAGAAUCAUCUGAAGAAAGCGAGGAAGAAGAUGUGGACGACGAUGACAUAGAUGAAGAAGAACCAGAAUAUGGCUUUCUUUCUGAAGACUUUGAGUUCGACAUCUCUCAACUUUCCAUAUCUAAUGUUCGCUUUGGAACUGCAACCCAAUACUAUACGAAGUGCUUGGAGCUCACUGGGUCAAUAUCUGACUCUAUGUGGGUAGAUGAAGACGAAUUGUAUGAGUUUGUCCUACUGAAGGGAGUGAAGGAGCAUAGAUUUCAGAGUUUUAUGAGACUUAUGACCAAAGGACUCAUUGAUGAAGAGCCAUUCGAAGUACCUAAUUAUUCCGACGUUUACAUUUCUGAGACUUCAGAGGAAGAAGAAGAAGAAAAGGAGGAUAACUCGCUUGAUGACUUGAUUGCCUUGAGAAAGGCAAAUAAGACGACACCUGAUUUCAUCCCACAAUCUACUUCGUCUGUUCGUACAAAGGGUAAGGGCAAAAACAAACAUCUUGACCUAUCUGGCCUUGAGCUUACAACAGAUAUGCAUCAAGCCUUGCAGGAUCUGUACCAAAGUCACCGUGAAGCCAAAAAAAACAAAAAGCUUAAGAGAGAAGGAGAAAAGUUCCAAAAGGGUGUAUCUAAACACGAUCUCUUUGUCUUAUACCCAUUUUCAAUACAUGUUAAGGAAAUACGUGAAGAAUUUGACACAUUUCUUCAUGAUACUUCGAGGGAUAGUAUGAGUUUCCCACCUUUGGAUCCACACGGAAACAAGACAAUUAACAAAAUUGCCGGUUUUUUCAACAUGAAGGCUACAAGGUGUGGAGCUGGGCUCCAUACCUAUAUGAAAGUCUCGAAAAGUCGUAAAACUUUCCAUUACCUUCCAAGAUAUGACCAAAUUGGUUCUGUUCUUAGACAAAGACCUAUCUUCAAUAGAACUGAUCAGAAGAGGCCAAAGAGUGAAAUAAUCGCUACGGAUGGAAAUGCCAAGAAGGACCGUGAACGUCAAAGGAAUAAAGGAAAGACCGCCUCUGUACAAGAAGGUGAUAUUGUUGGAAGCAAGGCUCCAGAAAUCGGAGUAAAUAAUAUUGGUAGACAAUUGUUAGAGAAACUUGGAUGGGUAAAAGGUGAAGGUUUGGGAAUUCACGGAAAGAAAGGUAUUAGUGAGCCUGUUGUGGCUGUGGUUAAAAAUACUAAGCUUGGUAUAAGGACAAGCUCAACCGUCACUAAUUAA